AUGGCGGCCAAUCAGGAUAUCCAAGUGACCAAGCUCUUCGCCGAGUUUGUGUCCAAGGCAGAUGUCUCGCUCCUCACCCCGACAGUCGUCGCACACGUGAAGGAGUACCUCCUCGACUACCUGGGCGUCACCGUCGCCGCCGCACACAGCUGGGAGUCGACGGAGCAGAUCCUCAAGGCCGUCGUGGGUCUGGGAGCACGCACGGGGACGUCCACGGUGGUCCUCAAGGGGAAGGACUUCCUGCCGCAGUACGCGGGGCUCAUGAACGCGGCUCUGGGCCACACCAUGGACUUUGACGACACUUAUACGCCUGGUUCUCUGCAUGCCGGGGUGUGCGCCAUCCCUGCUGCGCUCACACAGGCGGAGCUUCUGGGGGGCGAGGAUGCCACGGCUGAGCGCUUCAUGCUGGCCGCGGCGGUGGGUUACGAGGUCAUAUGCCGGCUGGGGGCCAAGCUGGGCAACGAGGCGUACGCGAGGGGAUUCCACAAUACAGCGACCUGCGGGAUCUUUGGCGCCGUUGCUGCCAUCUCGGUGCUCAAGCGGCUGCCGGCCUCCACGGUGGAGGAUGCCUUCGGCCUGGCGCUGUCCAAGGCGGCCGGGUCGAUGCAGUACCUGGAGAACGGGAGCUGGAACAAGCGGCUGCACCCUGGAUUCGCGGUCCACGACGCCUUCGUGUCCGUCUCGCUGGCCGAGGCUGGGGUUCUGGGCGCUGCCAGGCCGUUUGAGGGUAGCUACGGGCUGCUGCACGCCUACACUCCUCGUACGGAGCAUGACCUGCCCUCGCUCGUCGCGGACCUCGGGAGCCGCUGGGACUUUAUCGAGACGGCUCUGAAGCCCUAUCCAGCUUGUCGUAUGACGCAUGGGCUGAUUGAGGUCGGUGGCAGACUCGGGCAGGAAGCCAAGGGGCGGGGGGUCGAGAAGCUCACGGUGUCGCUGAGCUCGCCGAACCAUAUCGUCGUGGGCUCGCGGAUCCCUAACAAGCUGCACCCUGCGAACAUCGUGGAUGCGCAGUUCUCUGCCUACUUCCAGCUGGCGCAUGCAUGGCUGUACGGAUCGGAUACCGGUAUUGAGUUUUCCAAACGGCUUGAUGAUGAAGCCAUCCACAAGUUGUCAGACAAGAUCGAGUGUGUCAAGGACGAUUCCGUCAAAGGGUUCGGGAGCAAACUGAAGAUUCAGUAUUCGGACGGGGAGACAAAGGAUGUGGACAUUCCGUUCCCUCUGGGUGAGCCGGAGCAUCCGUUCAGUAGGGACCGAGUCGAGGCCAAAUAUUUUAGUCUGGUGACUCCGGUUCUUGGAGAAGGCAAGGCGAAGGAUCUCAAGAAUCUGGUUGAGCAUUUGGAGAGUCACUCUGUAUCUGAACUUCUGCAGCUUGUGUCAUAG